GGAACGGUCAUCACGACGAGCACGAACCCCUCUUUCUUCUCUCCUUCAUCUCCCCCUUCGUCUUUGUGGUGCGCCGCCUUGGUCGCGGUCUGCUUUUGCGUUCUCGGACGCCCGUUUCGCCCGGGUUCAUUCGUUGUCUCCUAAGCUGUACACUCCUUCACGCCCUUUACCCACCAAGUUCGACGUCGACGUCAACGCCAUGUCUGCUACACAACCUGCGUCCAACGGGACCGCAAGCGCAGCGGCGGCCAAGGGUGCCGCCGCUCAGGCUGAGGGGCCCGAGGUGAACGUCGCGCUGCUCCUCUGGCAUGCGAACAUCGUUCUCCUCGCCCUCCUCGGCGUGCUGGUGCUGCUGCGCCUGCCACGCCUCUUCGCACGCCUCUCUGUCCCCUCCGAGUGGCUCCAGGGCCACGUCUUCGCCCGCAAGGCCCUCCCCGCCACCCGCCGCCCCGCCGAUCACUCCAUCGCGCGCCGCCCGACGUACUCUUCCGAGAAGACUGCGUACGGCGGGUCCGACGACUCGCACACCCUCCACACGCAUGCGCAGUACAUCCAGCGCCUCGAUAAGCACGCCGCUGGCGGCCCCCCGGCCAACUGCCCGCCACAUCUCGCGGCGUGCCCGCGCUUCUUCCGCCCCCUCACCGCGCCCUUCCACUGGCGCUUCACGGCAGGCUACUCCUUCUAUCAGGUCGCGACGUGCAUGAUCUGGUUCGCCGUCAUGGCGUACACGGCGUUCUACAUGUCGAACCCCUUCAGCGAUCCCGCUCGCACGGGUGCGGUAGCUGUCGCCCAGAUGGUCUGGGUGUUCGCGUUCGGCACCAAGGCGAACCCGAUCGGUCUCCUCCUCGGGAUUGGCUACGAGAAGCUCAACUUCAUCCAUCGCUUCGUCGGACGCCUGGUCGUUCUCGCUGUCAACAUCCACACACUAGGCUACUUCUACAAAUGGUCUAUCGCGGGCACUUUCGCCGCGAGCCUGCAGAAGCCCUUCAUCGUCUGGGGCCUCGUCGCGACGAUCUGCAUGGACGUCCUGUUCUUCUUCUCUACCGACUACUGGCGCAAGAACUGGUACACCAUCUUCCUCUGGUCGCACAUCGCCGCCUUCAUCGUCCUCAUCCCCGCGACGUACAUGCACAAGCCGACCUUCCUCCCCUACAUUAUCGCCGUCUGCGCAAUCUACGGCUUCGACCACCUCUACCGCAUCAUCAAGACGCGCUUCCACACCGUCACGCUCCGCGCGCUCCCCGAGCUCGGCAUCGUGCGCGUGGAGGUCCCGCAGAUCAACACUGGCUGGCGCGCGGGGCAGCACAUGCGUGUGCGCGUGCUCUCCGGCGGCAUGGGCCUCUACGGCUGGAGCGAGGUGCACCCGUUCACGAUCGCGAGCGCGCCCAACUCGCACGAGGGCCUCGUCCUCCUCAUUAAGAAGACGGGCACGUGGACAACGCGCCUGUUCGAGAUGGCGAAGAGCGGCGGGUACUACGACGCGGGCACGGACCGCCAGGUGAAGGUUAUGCUCGAGGGCCCCUACGGCGGGCCCGGCGACGCGAUCUUCCACAGCUACUCGGCCGGCGUGUUCGUGUGUGGCGGCUCGGGCAUCACGUUCGGGCUCGCGAGCAUGCAGGAUAUCCUGCAGCGCGACCUCGAGCGCCGGUCGCGCGUCAAGGUCCUCGAGCUCAUCUGGAUCAUCCAGGACGCGGCGAGCCUCGCGCCGCUCCUCCCGCAGCUCACCGCGCUCUUGCAGACAUCGAGCACGACGCAGGUCAACAUUAGCGUGCACUACACGCGCGUCUCCGCGUCAGGGAAGCUGCCGUUCGACCGCAACGCCCUCCCGCCCGGCCUCACGCUGUCGGGCGGUCGCCCGCGCACGCUCAAGGUGCUCGACGCGACGAUCAGCCGGACGGCGAGCCUCGGGCGCGGAUACAAGGACGAGGACGCGCUGUGCGGGAUGCUCGUCGGCGUGUGCGGCCCCGUCGCGCUCGCGGACGAUGUGAACAAGGCCGUGAGCUGGAUCGACCCGGUGAGGCGGGAUCAGAUUGGUGGAAUCGAGAUCCACGAGGAGGUGUUCGGGUGGUAAAUGUGCCACCCGAACGAGAGGAAGAGGAGGAGGAUGAUGGAUGCACGACGACACGCGAUGAAUGGACCCGAACGAGGAUGGUAGCCCGCGACUAUUGAACAAACUCACCACACCACACC